ACUCAUCACCACCACCAAAAGACUUCAGAUGGAAAGCGAAAACCCAUCUCUCUACUGGUUCGAUAUCAUUGCCAACAAAUUCGAAAAGGGUACGAAGAUUAAGAUCGGUUUGGUCAAUAUUGAUGAUUGUACAAGUAGUAAUAUUACUGGUUCUGGUGGUGGCGUAUGCAAAGUACUCCAUGGACUUGCAAACACAGACACAGUCGCAGUCAAGUUUGAUCGAAUAAUGACAGAGGAUGAAAAUCGGACAUGGAAGGAGUUUUUCCCAGAAUGGAUUGAUGAAGACAAGAAAUGGGGGACACCAAAAUGCCCGGAAAUCCCAAUGCCGAGGUUCGAAGAUUACCCGCGACUGGACGUGGUGGUGGCGAGAGUUCCAUGUGGGAAUGGGACGGAGAAGGAAGGGAUUAGAGAUGUGUUCAGGUUGCAGGUUAACCUUGUGGUGGCUAAUCUCGCGGUGGAGAGUGGUUGGGUGAGUCCUGAUAUUCGUAGGAAUGUUUAUGUUGUGUUUAUAGGUUCUUGUGGGCCCAUGGUAGAGAUUUUCAGAUGUGAUGAUUUGGUGAUGCAUAGAGGUGAUUAUUGGGUGUAUAAGCCUGAGAUGAUGAGGCUUAAACAGAAGGUUCUUAUGCCUGUUGGGACUUGCCAAAUUGCACCUCCGUUUGCAAAAACAGGUAAAGAGGGAUGGCGAGACUACGUAUUUAGAUCCUCCAUCCUCCAAAAUGUCAACAACGUCACAAUACGUCGUCGUUCAAUAUAUGCCAUUGCCUACGUUACAGUCCUUCACUCUUCAGAAUCAUAUGUCUGCGGUGCCAUUUCUUUAGCACAAAGCAUUCGUCUGACGGGCUCUACCAUCGACCUUAUUCUUCUCGCCGACGAUUCCAUUUCAUUCAAUUCCACUCUAGCUCUUCGAGCAGCGGGAUGGAAAGUCCUGCGGAUUCAGAGAAUCCGCAGUCCUUUCUCUCGGAAAGGCUCUUACAAUGAAUGGAACUACAGCAAGCUUCGUAUUUGGCAGCUAACCCAAUACGAAAAAGUCAUAUUCAUAGAUGCAGAUCUUCUUGUUUUGCGAAACAUCGACCAUUUCUUUACCUACCCUGAGCUAUCAGCUUCAGCAAACAACAAGUUCUUAUUCAACUCCGGUGUGAUGGUUGUGGAACCGUCCGCUUGUUUGUUCGAAGAUUUGAUGGUGAAAAGCUUCAAGUUGGAGUCCUACAAUGGUGGAGACCAAGGUUUUCUUAAUGAGUAUUUCACUUGGUGGCAUCGAAUGCCCGCGAAAUUGAAUUUUCUCAAGAAUUUUGAACGUGGAGAGCGUGAGAUUCCUGAUGGUGUUUUUGCUGUUCAUUACUUGGGUUUGAAGCCAUGGAUGUGUUACAGGGACUAUGAUUGUAACUGGGAUUGGUUGCAUCACCAUAGAUUUUCUAGCGACUCAGCUCACAAGAAAUGGUGGCAAGUUCAUGACACCUUACCUGUGGAGCUUCAACGUUUUUGUGGAUUGACGAAGAAGAUGGAUGAGAAGUUAAAGUUUCGUAGAGAAAGGGCAAAGGAUGGUGAUUUUCCAGAUGGGCAUUGGAAGAUUCAGAUUAAUGACCCUAGACAGUAUCAUUAUUUAGAUAUGUAGUUGCAUAUGUAUACAUAUAUAUAU